AUGAGGCUGUUCUGCCUCUACUACUGCUGGCACUAUUACCAAGCAUGUUUCGCUCCCCACACUCUGACAUCACUGCCUCCUGAGUUAGUAUGCUACUCAUCUUUAUGUCAUACAGUUGGCUGGGCAACAGACCAGGGAAUUGGUGGAUUUGGAGAAGAGCCAGGAAUUAAAUCUCAGCUAAUGAACCUUAUUCGAUCUGUAAGAACUGUGAUGAGAGUUCCAUUGAUAAUAGUAAACUCAGUGGCGAUUGUAUUACUUUUAUUAUUUGGGUGAAGAUCCAUGGGAGAAAUGGAGAUUCAGGAGAACAGAUGUCAGCAGAAGUUAUUAUUUCCUUCAUUAUUGGAAUAUUCAUAUCAUAGCAGGCCAACCUUGCACUUGACAAAAAAUGUAAAGCUGACAAUAAAAGCAGAGUUUCUAUUUAUCUGACUUUGAAAA